AACUCUAUGCGAGCGAAGGUUAUGCACCAUUUUGCUUCAAGAAGUUUUGAACACUUAUCAUAUAUCUAAGGGCUUUAUAAUUCUGUGUUCAAGGCCGUGGAGAAUCUCUGCGGGGAAACCAACGCUGAAACCGAAGGGAGCGCCGUGCCGCAUCAAUCAAGAGAGGUGGAGCGGGCCUCAGCUGUUAGCCUGAGACGAAUUGUCGAGCGUGCAAUCACGUGCGAUUUGCUGCUCCCAGCCGCGAGUGAGGUGGACUCGAAGAGAUUAUGGCCCUCGCGUCUGCGCCGGCCGCAUUCUCCAAGAGCGACUCGCCGACGCGCAUCAUGACUGUCUUCCGGAGCAAGAGCGAUGAUACCUCGGCCUCGCUGCUCAGCGAAAACGAGUACAGGGAGAAACUGCUACGGACUGUGAAGAAAGAGGUGAAACAGAUCAUGGAAGAAGCAGUGACACGCAAAUUUGUCCAUGAAGAAAGCAGCAGCAUCACUUCUCUUUGUGCGGCGGUAGAUGCAUGCCUGUCGCACGGUCUGAAGCGUCGAGCACUGGGCCUUUUCAAGACCAACUCGACCACAGCACUUUUGCACAAAAUGGCCAAGCACUUUGAGCCGGCCGCUGCCAUUGCCCGAGCAGUCACCCAGAUGGAAGCAGCAGCUGCUGCGGUGACCUCAGACUCUUCUACAACAGAGAGCCGCCUACGCAGCCAAACAAGUCGUCGCUCGUUGUGGUCGGCAAGCGGGCGAUACAUCUGGAUCCGGCUGGCACUCUUCGAGAAGCAGUUGGCUAGCAUUGUCGACCACUUGGUCCAUAAUUCCAGCAAGUACUACGAGAAGGAUGCCCUGGUGGCUGACCCUGUCUCUGGGCAAAUUCUGGCUUCCCUGCUUGUCGGUCCAUGUGCUCUGGACUACUCCAAAAUGAAGACGCAAGAUCACUUCUGGACUGACCCACCGGCCGAUGAGCUGGUGCAGCGCCAUCGGCUGUCCAGUGGGCUUCCAGCUUCGGCCAGUGCUGGGGGCUCUGGCACUGCAGGCACACCACCACCCACAAGACGACUGGGCCUUCAGUGUCGGCGUGACCUUCGUGGCACCACGGGCGGCAGCUCAUCCGAAGAAGGUGGUGGUUCUGUUGGCCGUGUCGUCGGCGCAUCGGUGGGAGGGGGCUGUGACCGGCUGGCUCGAGACUACGUCGAGUCGCUGCACCAGAACGCACGUUCCACAUUGCUGUACGGCAAGAACAACGUGCGCGUGCAGCCGCGGUGUCACACGGGCGAGCCCCUGCCAGGCUAUCUGUCGCUGCACCAGCAAGGUGGCACCCAGCUAGUCCUCAAGUGGACCCCCAAUCAGCUCAUGAAUGGCACAACCAGUGGGGACAGCUCAUCUGGGGACUCCCUGGGCAGCAGCCAGGACAAGAGCAUCUACUGGGAGUAUGCCCUCAGUGUCAACAUGGAGGACAUUGUGUACCUUCAUUGCCAUCAGCAAGGUGACUCUGGGGGCACCCUGGUGCUGGUGGGGCAGGAUGGAGUGCAACGCCCGCCCAUGCACUUUCCUCGAGGUGGACACCUGCUGGCGUUCUUGUCGUGUCUCGAGAACGGGCUGCUUCCGAACGGCCAGCUGGACCCACCUCUGUGGACCCAGCAGAGUGGCACAGGCAAGGUGUUUCCACGGUUACGUCGUCGCAGGGCAGCCCAAGGUGAAGAAGAAGAGGGCAGCACCGACUUUGUCUUUCGAGUCAUCACUUCCCUACGGCCGCACUCCCUUGAGGACCUCCUCGAAGGAGGCCCCACUCCUACGGCAACCACGGAAGCAGCUCGCGCCAGUCGCCUGCUGGAGGCACGCUCUUCUUCCUCCCGCUCGAGUGAGUCACCACCACCCGAGGAGGAAUCACCUGGACAAAGGGCUCAGGGGCAAUCAUUGCAGCUUUUGUGUGACACCAUGAAGAAGCAGAUCAUUUCAAGGGCUUUCUAUGGAUGGCUGGCACACUGUCGGCACCUGCGAACGGUGCGCACGCACCUGUCGGGGCUGGUGCAUCUGACGAUUGUGUCGGGAGAAGGCGCCGAGGGUGGUUUGACGCAGGAGGCGUGGCAGCGCCUGUCUGCAUCGGGUCGCCUGGAUGACCCCCAGCAACUGCACCGGCUCGUCUACUUUGGGGGCAUUGAGCACCAAGUCCGCCCUCUGGUGUGGCCGUACUUGCUGGGCCACUAUGCCCUGUCCAGCCUGCCAGAGGAGCGGCAGGAACGAGAUGCAAGCACCCAGGCCCAGUAUGAGGCCACGCUCUCUGAGUGGCUGGCAGCCGAGGCCAUGGUGCGCCACCGGGAGGGACUGCACACCAAACUCUCCUCAGAGAGCACCACCUCCGAGAUACCACUCAUUGGUCCUAAGGACACACACUUGAGUAACGAGGUGUUUGAAGAUGGCAGCAGCGAUGGUGGAGGCUCCAUGGAUGCUGCUGCCCAUGAUGAAGCGGUGUGUGAAGGGGAAGAUAUUGCGUGGGAGGUCGACAGCAGCCACAGUCCGGCCCACAUAGGCACUGGCCAACAGUCAGGGGUUGAAGAGGAGGGUGAAGGGGAUGCUCGGCCUCCCGUCGAUCCUCUGCAGUUGCUGCAGCCACCAGUUGUCGAUGAUGAGUCCAGCUGCGUGUCACCGGCUUCUUCCAGUGGAGGAGUCUAUUCAAGUGAUCUGCUGGACCUGUUCUCACUCAACCUGCACCGCAUCGACAAGGAUGUGCAGCGCUGUGACCGCAACUAUGCCUACUUUACCACAGCCAACCUGGAGAAGCUGCGAAAUGUUAUGUGCACCUACGUCUGGGAACACCUGGAUGUAGGCUAUGUGCAAGGAAUGUGUGACCUCGUUGCUCCCCUGCUGGUGAUCUUUGACGAUGAAAUGCUGACUUACAGCUGCUUCUGUGAGCUGAUGAAGCGAAUGGCAGCCAACUUUCCCCAUGGGGGUGCUAUGGAUCACCACUUUGCCAACAUGCGGUCACUUAUUCAGAUUCUAGACGCAGAGAUGUUCGAACUGAUGCACCAGAAUGGAGACUACACGCACUUCUACUUCUGCUAUCGAUGGUUUCUCCUGGACUUCAAGAGAGAGCUUGUCUACCAGGAUGUGUUCAGCGUCUGGGAGACCAUCUGGGCUGCCCAGCACGUCGCCUCCAGCAACUUUGUACUCUUUAUUGCUCUGGCCAUGGUGGAGUACUACCGCGACAUCAUACUAGAAAACAACAUGGACUUCACGGACAUUAUCAAGUUUUUCAAUGAGAUGGCCGAGCGACACGACGCCAAGGCCGUGCUACAGAUCGCUCGCGAGCUUGUGCUGCAAAUCCAGACGCUGAUUGACAACCGAUAGGAGAAUCUUGCCUUCCCCAACUAUGGUCUAACAGCAUCAUCGUACCCGUCGGCCCUUUCUCUGAACGUUGAUGUGACCCUUGAACUGGUCAUGUGCAGUGAGUGCCACGGGGCUACUCUCCACAGAAUCAUCUGCGAGAGCGUCCUGCCCGUACAAGGUGCUCCCUAUAUGAAGCUCGUGCUGCUUGGCAAACUGCAACAUUAGGCAUGAAAAUUAAGAUAACACAUAACAUGGUGCAAUAUACCUACAGCCCCUGCCAUAAUCGGGGCUUUGUUCAAUCUUGCGGACCCCAAAGUAGUAAAUAGUAGUAAAAGGAGCCAGUUCAAUGAACAAGCAAUUGUUACAAGCACACAGUAUUUGAGGUCUUCUACUGCAGCCUUUCACACGGUUAAGGUUCAUUCAUUUUCCUUUUGUGAGCAAGGAUGCUGUAGUGAAGACAAAGUAAUGUUAUUGCUGAUGUACAGCGUGCUUCUACUGUGCUUUCCCACAUGAAGUGGCACUGGCUGCCUAAUUGUUGCCAAAGCGCUUCUUGUCAUACCUUUUCGGACUCUGUGAAGCUCGUGCAUAUUUUUAUGAGUUGUAAAUGAAAGUGAAUCAUGUGCCAUAAGAGCAACUUUGAUACGAGUCAUUAGCAUUCACUUUCCGAAGACCUUAGUCUGUGCCUGCCGGCUCUCAUGCCCUUGGUGUACCUCCUUUAUGCUUAUCCGACUAGCCUGCACUAGUGGGUGGGCCGAGCGCAAUAUGCUCAGUUUAAACUUCAGUGCUGUACUCUGUGAGCAUGCUGAGUUGGGCAGAGAAUGGUCAUGACUAACAUUGCAUUUGUGGUGCUCACAGAAGCAAACUCUGUGCCCUUUCUUGUAAAACAAUAUGUUUCUUUGCUCUGGUUGGUAAAAACCUGUUGUGCCCACAUUGGAGCAAGUGACAUGAUCACCGCCUGAAAGCCUGCAUUUAUCACCCAGUGAGUUAUUGAUAAGGCUAACUGGAUGCACCAUACAUGUAGUAUAAUGCUAAUCUUUGGCACCUCAUACUUCUGAGCCUAUACAUUCUGGUGAACUCUGAAUGUCCUGCAGUGCUCCAGGUGCUUUGUUCUGUACAUUGGAACCAUAGAACUGUCGGGCUUAAAGCUUUUCACAAAACUAUAUAUUACUGUUGAUCAUAAAAAUAACUUUUUGUGCAGAUAGUCCAACACAACUAAGGCAAGUCAGGGGAAGUGCUUGUGGUGGCCUAACAAUGACUUCUAAGAAACACUCUAUUUGUGAUUGUAAAUGUCAAACUAGCUGUAAGCUGGCAUUACAUACUAUAGUGUUCAAAAAGAAGGAAAAGAAUGUUUCGUUACAGAAAGUCAUUCAGAAGAAAUUCGGCAGAUGUCACGUACCGUUGGAAUCUAUGUAAUGCGAAGCGUGCGGUGGGAAGGUGAAUGUGGCGUAAUUCUAUACAUUGAGCGAGACGUUACAAAAUGGCGCUAAAGAUAGGUGCAAUUGGCAUACGCACACACACAUG